AUGGGGAGUGAAGUCCACCGUCCACUAGCUGAUUUUCCAGCAAACAUCUGGGAAGAUCCCUUAACCUCUUUCUCAAAGUCUGACCUCGGUAAUGACAAGUUCCAAGAGAAGCAUGCUACGCUAAGGGAGGUUGUGAAGGAAUCGUUUAUGUCUUCUAAAGCGAAUCCGAUAGAGAACAUCAAAUUCAUCGAUGCUCUAUGUCGCCUUGGUGUCUCUUACCACUUUGAGAGAGAUAUCGUAGAGAAAUUGGAUAAGUUAUUUGAUUGUCUUGACUUUAACCACAUGAUAAGACAAGACGGAUGCGAUUUGUACACGGUUGGAAUACUUUUCCAAGUUUUUAGGCAAUUCGGCUUUAAACUUUCUGCUGAUGUAUUUGAGAAGUUCAAGGACGAGAAUGGGAAGUUCAAAGGAGAACUGGUGGCCGAUGCAAACGGGAUGUUAAGUUUGUAUGAAGCUGCACAAUGGAGCACUCACGGAGAAGACAUCAUUGACGAAGCUCUCGCUUUCUCAAGCUCCCAUUUAAAAGAACUUUCAUCUCGGUCUAGCCCCCAUCUCGCAACUCGCAUCAAGAAUGCCCUAAAACAUUCAUACCACAAAGGUAUCUCAAGGAUAGAAACAAAACAAUAUAUCUCAUACUACGAGGAAGAAGAGUCAUGUGACCCAACAGUACUUGAGUUUGCAAAGAUAGAUUUCAAUUUGCUGCAAAUAUUACAUCGUGAAGAGCUUUCUUGUGUAGCAAGGUGGCACCAUGAAAUGGACUUUAAAUCUAAAGUAACAUAUACAAGGCAUAGGAUAAUAGAGGCGUACUUGUGGUCACUUGGAGCAUAUUUCGAGCCUCAAUAUUCUCAAGCACGAGUUAUAACAACUAUUGCACUAAUCUUAUUCACAGCACUUGAUGAUAUGUAUGAUGCAUAUGGCACAGUGGAGGAACUUGAGCUUUUCACAAAUGCAAUGGAGAAGUACUACCAUUUGUUAAUAUAUAAAACCAUGUGCAAUAUUUGUUUUUUCCCUGACAGCAUGAAGUACAUUUACCGCGCCACCAUGGAUUUCUACGAUAAACUAGAAGAGGAACUUGAGAAAGAAGGAAGGUCAGGCUGUGGCUUCCAUCUUAAGAAAUCAUUGCAAAGAACAGCGAAUGGAUAUAUGCAAGAGGCAAAGUGGUUGAAAAAGGAUUACAUUGCUACAUUUGAGGAGUAUAAAGAGAAUGCAAUCUUGUCUUCAGGUUACUAUGCCUUGAUAGCCAUGACAUUCGUUGGAAUGACAGAUGUCGUGAAACUUGAUGCUUUUGAAUGGUUAAGCUCACAUCCUAAAAUCAGGGUAGCUUCUGAGAUAAUCAGUAGAUUCACAGAUGACAUUUCCAGCUACGAAUUUGAACACAAAAGGGAGCAUGUAGCUACUGGCAUUGAUUGUUAUAUGAAGCAAUAUGGUGUUUCCAAGGAAAUAGGUAUAGAAGUAAUGGGAAACAUUGUUUCAGACGCAUGGAAGGACUUAACCCAAGAGCUAAUGAGGCCUCACGCAUUUCCUUUCCCUCUGUUGAUGCGAAUCUUUAACCUUUCGCGAGUCAUCGAUGUAUUUUAUCGGUACCAAGAUGCUUACACCCACCCUGAGUGUUUGAAAGAGCACAUCGUGUCUUUGCUCAUUGAAAAAAUACCUAUUUGA